AUGGCGACGGACGCGAUACCACGGAAUGCACUUGAGCAGCACCAGUCUCUUCUCUUCCGCCUUCCACGAGAGCUACGAGAUGAAAUAUACGAGUAUUACGUCCAAGAGACCAACGGCUAUCACUACGAAUCUAACUCUGGGAAACUUCGAAUGGACAGUGGCGAGCGCAUUAAUCUCGGCCUCCAAUAUGCCUGCAGAAGGACCUUUGCAGAGAUGGAUGGUAUCGCCUUGAGAACCAACACAAUAACCUUCCGUACGACGCUCGAUCUUCCCAGUGUUUCCGAUCAGCUCACGGACUCUGAGAUUUGCGAAUACUAUCUUCUGUGCGGGAGAGACGCGAUACUCCGGCGAAUGCUCGAAUGGUCAGAUCCUCUGGUCACUUCCGAGGUUAUGGAAAAGCUGUGCGAGCGCUGGCCAGGAAACACGACGGUCAGGAAGAUGUGCGGAACCCAGCGAACAGGUGAAUUAAGCAGCAGCAUGCGAUCCGGCACCCUAUGGUCCGCCGACAACACGAUUCCCAUUGAUUACAAUCCGCACUCAACUCAAGCUUUGGAUAUCCUCCGAGAUCUGUUAGAUAUCAUGUCCGCUGAUCCCGAGUUCUGGCUCAUGACCGCAAGUGAGUUCGAUCUUGGGCUGAGGGAAAUCUACGCCCCAAGAGCGGGAGGAUUCGACAUCGAAAGUCGCGCUACUGAAUACACCUCGAAGACACAGCAGCUGCGAGUCCUUGAGUGGGAACCCGAUGAGUGGUGGAUUCCCACCCGCGCCGAUCUUGAUGAGCUGUCCGAAUUCAUACCCAAGGACGAGGAAUGUGGGCCUUUCAGCGCGAUCCACAUAAGAGGAGGAAAUCGAUCUUACUUCUCCGCUGCUGCGGCAGCCACCCAAUUCCUCGGACGUCUCAAUGGAUCGACUCUCAAGCAAAUUCGCAACAUCAUUGUUCUGGAAGACGAGUGCAGCAGGCCGAACCCUACAAACCAUGCAAGAGGCCUUAUCCCAUUCUGCAUUGCCAAUAGCCAGAUCAAAAUCGAAAGGAAGGUCGAUAUCUGGCGCGUAAUGAUCAUGGAGUACGGUAACAUCGAGAUCUACGACUGUGGAGCAGACGGCCUGAUGAGAGAAAUUGGAGCCUGGAUCAGCGAAGCGAAAACCCUCGCCUCUCUCGGAAUGCCGGCAGGCUCCUUCAAUCUGACCAUGCACGGCCCUUCGCCUCGAACAAGUCAACAGAUUUUUGAUGCUGUUGUCAAGGUCGCAACUUGGGAUGAAGGCUCUACAAUAUUGGCAGCAACCACAUUCCCCGAUUACUUCCCCGACAAUGUAGGUGGAGGCUUUGUAGAGAUCAUCAAAGCUAUGAUCAGAGGCGAGAUCCCGGUUACGUUCGAAGCGGAUAUGGGCGAAGUUUGGGAUAUACAAGAACUCUUGGCACAAGAUACCGCUGAUUGGCCUGUGUGGUUCGAAGCUGUUCUACGGAUUCGCGAUCUGGAAGAGCCACAGGAAGGAUGGACACUAGCACGAGAAGAGCGUUUUGGAGUGUGGAAGGACAGGAGCGAGGUGGAGUUCAACCGGAUGGAUCAAUUGGAAGGGUUUGAACUGCUCGUGUUACAGGAUGAUGUUGAGUAG